AUGGUGGACGUGGAGCCGGCAGCGUGCGAGGUGGAAUUGGCGCCUCCCCCAGAGUGCCUGGCCUUUGAGUUUGGCUGGAGAACUUCACAGACCGAAAAGGACAUCUACAAGAGGUCAUUUACUUUGUUGGUUAAACUUAGUUGUUUAUGCUUUUUUGUAGCUAUUGUGAAUGGAUUUCUUCGCAUCUUUUUCUCGGCAAGUUUAUUAUUGACAUUGGGCGAUUGUUUUUCUCUCUGGUCAGUGUUUGUUCAGCAUGAUGCUGCACAGCUCUCCCUCAUGAUUUGGAAUCUCAUUAAGGCUCAGAUCACUGAUGUGGACUUGGUGCAGCGGCUUCAGGACCUCAAUACAAUUCGGAUAAAGCAGUGCUUGGUCUGUCUUGACUGCACCACAGAGAGAAGCAGAAACAGUAGCUUGCUGACUCUCCCUCUCAGCCUUUCUGACCUGAACUUAAAGCCCCUGGGAAUGCUGGUAAGAGAGUUUUCUUGGUGGAUUCACUGUUACUUGCAACCCAAGGAGCUAUCAAGAAAAAGCAAGUGCUUCUGUCAGAACUGUGGGAAGAACACCUACCUAAAAUACAGCGCCUCCCACGCCUUGAAGCUGACCUGUCUGCCCUCAGCUUUGACCAACCUCAUGCGCUUCUCCAGCAGGAAUUCACAGACACAGAAGGUCUGCCUCCUCCUUUUCCCCCAGAGCUUGGAUUUGCGUCAGGUGCUUCUGAGUGAACUAGACCUCAGCAACGUUGAGGAACAGGUUAGAGGACAGUAUGAAUUCUUUGCCGUGAUUGCACACAUGGGAAUGGCGAACUUUGGUCAAAACUGUGCCUAUAUUUGGAACUCGAUGGAUGGAAAAUGGUUCUGCUUCAAUGACUCCAAUGUUUGCAGGGUAUCCUGGGAAGACAUCCAGUGUACCUUUGGAAAUCAUGAUGAGCAUUGGUAA